AUGUCGGGUUUUGCUAAGUACUUGAAAGUCUUGAUCACUAAAAAGAGAACCACCAAGAAUGAAGUGGUGAAUCUGACUCACCGGGUUAGUUCUAUCAUUGCGACAACCACCGUCCAAAAGAAAGAGGAUUCGGCAGCCUUUACUAUUCCAUGCACGAUUGGGUUGCGCGAUUUUGCACGAGCCCUUUGUGAUAAUGGGGCUAGCAUCAACUUAAUGGCUCUUUCUAUUCACAAGCAAGCAGGGUUAGGUAUGCCUAGGCCUACAAGUGUGAGGUUGCAAAUGGCCGACCGUUCAAUAAAGAGACCGGUGGGAAUUGUUGAUGAUGUUCUUGUGAAAGUGGGGAAGUUCCUCCUCCCUGCCGACUUUGUUAUCCUCGACUAUGUUGUUGAUAAAGAAAUCUCUAUUAUUUUGGGAAGACCAUUCCUUGCUACCGGAAGAGCACUGAUAGAUGCGGAACAAAAUGAGAUCAAGUUCUGA